AUGUUGAUGCCCAAGAAGAACCGAAUUGCCAUCUAUGAACUCCUGUUUAAGGAGGGAGUGAUGGUGGCCAAGAAAGAUGUCCACAUGUCGAAGCACCCUGAGCUCGUCGACAAGAACGUCCCCAACCUCCACGUCAUGAAAGCCAUGCAGUCUCUGAAAUCCCGUGGUUAUGUGAAAGAGCAGUUUGCGUGGAGGCAUUUCUACUGGUAUCUGACCAACGAGGGCAUCCAGUACCUGCGCGAUUACCUUCACCUCCCCCCUGAAAUUGUCCCUGCAACCUUGCGCCGGAGCCGCCCGGAGACUGGCAGACCACGGCCAAAAGGUCUGGAAGGUGAACGCCCUGCGCGUCUGACUCGGGGAGAAGCUGACAGAGAUACGUACAGACGCAGUGCUGUUCCACCUGGCGCUGACAAGAAAGCUGAGGCUGGUGCUGGAGCAGCCACUGAAUUCCAGUUUAGAGGUGGAUUUGGUCGUGGACGUGGUCAGCCUCCUCAGUAGAACUUCCUGCUCAUGUUUUGUGUAUAAUAAAAUAGGUGAAAAAGCCA